CAGAUUGUUGUUCCCCGGCAACUCCUCCUCGAGUUCCAUCUCCCAUCCCACUAAGGUCGCCGAGCUCCGGUGGCGGGGCCGCCCGGGCGCACGCCAUGGGGAAGAUGCCGAAGGCCGCCGCCGUCGGCGACGACUGGUUGAACCGGCACGGGUUCCCGCAGGGCUACCACUUCGUCCCGGAGGACCACGAGCUCCUCCGCCUCCUCGACGACAUGAUCGCCGGCCGCGCUCUCCCCUACCCUCUCCCCAGCAUCUUCCACGGCGUCAGGAUCCGCAACUACCACCCCGCCGAGCUCCACGAGCUGUACAAGGCGCACAAGGAGGCCGGGUCCAUCUACUUCUACAACCAGAGGGAGUUCUCGGGGAGCGCCAGGGUGCGCCCGGGGCGCACCGCCAAGGACGGCUGGUGGAAGGCCUCGGGCGGCGGCCUGCCCUUGAUGCGCCGCGGCCUGGUCGUCGGCUAUAAGCUCACCUUGGUGUUUUACGAGAAGAAGCCCGGCGACAAGCCUGACGACAAGACCGACUGGAUCAUCAAAGAAUACACCAUUGUUGGACCCAACAUGAAGGUAAUUUAACCGAAAAAGGCUCGUGCCCCGCUUUAUAGAUAAAGCCAAUGCCAAAGACAACAACCACAAGGUUCACACACAUACAAAGUCCACACGCACACGAAGUCCACGAACAAGCAAGCAUCAAGGGUUACUGCUGAGGGCACAGCUCAACAAGCCCAACACACACACACACACACAAAGGCACACGUGUCAGGAGUAAGACAUCCUCUAGUCGGGCUCCGGGGGUGGCGGCGGGAGCGGAGGUGCCAGGCGGAAGGCCAACGAACGAAGGUCGAUGAGGAGACUGUCGAUGGCGUCCCGGUCCGGAGGGCGGCUAAGCGGCCGCCAGAGCUGCAAGUAACCACACAUUUUAAAGAUGGAGUCAGUCGCACGUCGAAGGGGCACCUUCUGAAUGACGAGCUUAUUGCGAACCGUCCACAAGGUCCAGGCAAGCACCCCGACGCACAACCAUCUAAUAUGUCUGUAGCGAGGGGGGGAGGCUUGAAUUUCCGCAAGCAAGUCAGGGAAGUUGGUAUUGCACCACUGUCCGCCAACCGUUUCGCGGAAACACGACCAAAGGAACUGUGCCGUGUAGCACGAGAAGAAGAUGUGAUUAGCGUCCUCUACCGUGCCACACAGGGGGCACAUUCCAUCACCAGGACCAUGGCGCUUACGGACCUCAACGCCGGUCGGGAGGCGGCCGCGGAUCCACUGCCACAGAAAGAUCCGAAUCUUAAGUGGGAGGCGGAUGUCCCAGAUAAGGCCGAAGGGCUCCGGGGCUGACGAGGGGGCAAUAGCCGCGUAAAGGGAUUUGGUGGAGAAGCGGCGGAGGGAUCUAGGUGCCAAGAGAUGGCAUCCGGGGAGUCAGCCACGUCCAUAGGUAGCAGGGCGAUGUCCUGGAGGAGUUCAUCCCAGGCAGCCACCUCGGCGGGGCCAAAAGGGCGGCGGAACACGAGGCGCCCUAAGUCAAUAAGGGCCGCCUCGACAGAGAUCCGAGGGUCAACUACUAUGUCGAAGAGGAUGGGGAACCGGGCGGCUAGAGGGGAGUCUCCAAGCCAUCUAUCCAGCCAGAACAAGGUCGAGGCGCCUGAGCCCACAGAGACGGAAGUGCCUAUACGCAGGACCGGUAGUAGCUGGACGACGGCCUGCCAAAACUGGGAACCGCCCGAGCGUUGGCAGAACGCCAGAGGCUGUCCACGCAGAUACUUGUUCUAGAUGAUAGUGAGCCAGAGGCCUCCCUCCCCAUUGGCGAUGCGCCAAAGCCAGCGGGUCAAGAGGGCGAUGUUCAUGCGCCGAGAGGACAUGAAGGUAAUUUUCCAUCAUCGUUCCCUUUGUUCUGUUCAUGUUUUUUUUUUCUCUGCGGGCAUGCUCUGUUCAUCGUUGAAUACAAUACUGGUUUGAAGGUGAAUCACACAAAAUAUGCUUCGUUAACAAUUUAAAUUAAAAUUAUUUUGCUAGGGAAAAUACAUUUUACCCGUUUAAAUAUUUUUACAUGUUUGGCUUUUGUUAUUAGCUAUCUCAGAGAUGCUCAUAAGGUAAGUGUGUGCGCGCCUGCAUUCAUAGAGAUAAGUGUAUGUGAGCAUCCGCGUCUGUGCCCGGUAUAUUUUCAUGUUGGGACGAGAUCGAAUAUUUUGUUGCUUAUGGUCCAAACAUAUUAAUUUUAUUUCAGAACUGUAACACCUAUUUUGGAUUGAAGUGAGUAAAAUAUACUUGAUGUUCCAUGCGAUGCUUCUUAGUUCCCAAAUUUAACACAUACUUUUUCUGUCCGAAAAUAACUGUCGCGGAAUUGAGUGUUUCUUUUUUCUUCAAGAAGAAGGAUUACCCCGACCUCUACAUCAAUGAAUGCACACUACCAUAUUAUUUAAGCAAAGUAACCACAAAGUACAUAGUUCGAUACAAGUUUGCAAGCAAAAUCAAAUACAAAGAAUAAACCGUCACAACCAGCUAAAAUAGGAGAAGAUGACCAGACACCUAUUUUAUUGUUGGAUCACCAUCCAAACCAGUUGUAAGUACCUAACGGUUGCACCUAUAGGCCAUAUGUUCCUUGACUUUUGCAUGGCUGAGUAACGAUCACAUACGAAUCCAGCCAGUCGACCGGAAGAUAACCUACAAAAUUUUUGUGACAGUUAAUUUCAGACGGAAGUUGUAUAUGUUAGUAGAAACUUUUAGCCUGCCUAUAGUGGGGAGUAUGAUAUGCUAGUAUUAUUGGUUAGUAAUUUAGAUGACUUAUUUAUUGUUAUACAUGACAUAUAAUAGCACAUAAUCUACUGAACCGACUUUUUCUUCAUUUUAUUUUAAUUGUGUUCGACCUUAGAAAAAUUGUCUAAUUUGCAUAUGUAAUAUCGUACUUGUUACGAUACCCUCAUUAUGGAAGGUCUUAGAUCAUAAAUAAUAUUUUCAUGGUAAACUUAACAUUAUGUUAUCCUCACAUUACCAAUCUAACUACCUGUUUAUAUAUUUAUUAUUAUUGGUAGUCCAAAAUGAGAAAUAUGUAGUGCUACAACGCAUUUGCAUUCUACCAUGCUACUAUUUGAUUACCAAAUAGAGAUGAAACAGUUGCUGUUUCAUUAUUCGUAGCAAAUUUAAUUUUGCAUUGGAAUUUGAGUCAGAUUUUACUCUUUUAUGAGUCAGUGCUGCCACAUGUUUGCAUAAUCUUUUGGGACAUUAUUUACACACACACACACACACACACACACACACACACACACACACACACACACACAUAUAUAUAUAUAGAAAGGGUUCUCCAAAUAUGCUUUAUAAUAUAAAAAGCGGGGAAACCUUUUUCAUCUUGAUUUUGAAAUAUCUACCGGCUGUUGGGAUUUCCUACCCUGGCCGAAUUUUGUAUGAUGCCACAUAAUUUUUGCCACAUUUGCCACAUUUGCCUUAGUUGAGUUGCUCAAAUUGUUAGCCAUACUUUAGCUUGCCUAAGAGAAUCUUGCUAUAUUUUUUGUGUCUAUGACAUGUGAGAUUCACUGCUCGUAAAAAAUAAUUGCCUUAGGUGUUGCUAACUUGACCAAACUUGCCUAAACUUAAGUGUGGCAAAGUAUGGUAAGACGUGGCUAGGAAUCAAACAACCCCUUUCAAGUGCUGAACAUAACGACUUGCUUGCAUGCAUGUAAACAUGUAAGAUUAGAUUGGCCGUGCAUGCAUGCAUGCAUACCGUGUCGCUGUGGAUUAUAUUAAUCGUUGUUUUUCCGUCACACCUGA